UCCUAGGGCCCCUCCGGCGCUGUGAGGCGGGGGCUCUGCAAGGCAUUAGCCCAGCCCGCCUCUGGCCCGCUGCGCGCUCACCGCAGACUAGCCUUGGGCGGCUGCCACCUAGAGACUGGAGGGAGCAGAGGGAGGGAAGCAGCCGCCGGCCCCGCUGCUCUAGCGAAGGCAGAGCCUCCCCUCAUUGGGGCUGGAGCCUGCGAGCGAGCGAGCCCGCCUGCACAGCGCAGCGCCCGGGCAGGAGCGCAGCGCGCCGCCCCUCUCCUCCUCGCCGCACUCUCGCCAGCAGCUCCCCGGAUCCCAGCCAGAUGAUGAACUUUCUGCGGCGCAGGCUCUCGGACAGCAGCUUCAUCGCCAACCUGCCCAAUGGCUACAUGACCGACCUGCAGCGGCCGGAGCCCCAGCAGCCGCCGCCUCCCUCUGCCUCCUCUGCGGCUCCUGCCGCCGCCUCCCCGGCCUCCGAGCGCAGGCAGCAGCCGCAGUCGGCGCCACCCCAGCAGCAGCCGCAGCAGUCGGCGGGCAGCAGCUUCUUCAGCUCCCUCUCUAAUGCCGUGAAGCAGACGGCAGCCUCGGCCGGCUUGGUGGACGCGGCAUCCGCCGCUUCCUCAGCUGCAGCCAAAAAGUUCAAGCUGCUGCUGGUCAUUGAUGAGCCGCAUACGGACUGGGUCAAGUGCUUUCGUGGGAAAAAGGUCCAUGGGGAGUAUGAUAUCAAAGUUGAACAGGCACAAUUUUCAGAGAUCAACUUGAUAGCCCAUGCUGAUGGCAGUUAUGCUGUAGACAUCCAAGCAUUCCGUAAUGGCACCAAAGUUGUCAGGUCAUUCAGACCUGAUUUUGUCCUUGUUCGACAACAUUCGUUCAGUAUGGCUGAGAACGAAGACUUCCGUAACUUAAUCAUUGGAAUGCAUUAUGCUGGUAUUCCCAGUGUCAACUCCCUAGAGUCAAUCUAUAAUUUUUGCGACAAACCUUGGGUGUUUGCCCAGCUGGUAUCCAUCUCCAAAACUCUGGGUGUGGAGAAGUUCCCCCUAAUUGAACAAACAUUCUACCCAAAUCACAAGGAAAUGUUAACACUGCCAAUGUUUCCAGUUGUCGUGAAGAUUGGACAUGCUCAUUCAGGCAUGGGAAAGGUUAAGGUAGACAACCACUACGAUUUUCAGGACAUAGCCAGUGUGGUAGCACUUACCCAAACCUACGCCACCACUGAACCCUUCAUAGACUCCAAAUACGACAUCAGGAUCCAAAAGAUAGGCACUAACUACAAAGCAUACAUGAGGACUUCCAUAUCUGGAAACUGGAAGACAAACACUGGCUCUGCAAUGUUGGAACAAAUCGCUAUGUCAGAUAGGUACAAGCUCUGGGUUGACACCUGUUCUGAAAUGUUUGGGGGUUUGGAUAUCUGUGCUGUCAAAGCUGUACAUGGCAAGGAUGGAAAGGAUUAUAUUUUUGAGGUUAUGGACUGUGCAAUGCCUUUGAUUGGUGAACAUCAGGUUGAAGACAGGCAAUUUAUAACUGAUCUUGUUGUAAGCAAAAUGAACCAAAUGUUGUCCAAAACACCCAUACCAUCUCCUCAAAGACCAACUGCCACUCAACAGCCUCAGAGUGGAUCACUUAAGGAACCAGAGCCAAACAAAAUCCCACCUCAGCGACCACCACCUCAAGGGGGCCCAGUACAACCCCAAGGAACGCAAUCACAAAGCCAGGAGCCAUUGCAACCACAGCGCAUGUUCCCCCCGGGGCAGUCAGCAAAGCCCUCAACUUCCCAGCCACAGCGUCCACCUGGCCCUACAACUCAACAACCACAUGCCCAGGGUCAAGGUAUUUCCAGCGCCGGGUUAUCAGUGGAAGUGGAGCCAGAGCCACAACCUGCUCCACAGCAGAAACCUCAGUCUCAUCCACAGCUUAACAAAUCACAGUCUUUGACAAAUGCCUUCAGUUUCACAGAAUCAUCCUUCUUUCGAUCAUCUGUGAACGAGGAUGAAGCAAAAGCUGAAACCAUCCGAAACUUGAGGAAGUCCUUUGCUAGCCUUUUUUCUGAUUAGCUAUUUGAAGAUCAGUUUCAUGCAGUUGCAUAUGGCAUAUAGACUAGAACCUACAGUGAAUAUUAUUUAGUAUUUAUAUCCCUGUGACCCAUCCUCCAUUACUGUUCCAAGCAAUAUGUUAAUCUUUAAAAAGGUCUAUGAGGAGAUACAAUUCAGGUACACUGUAUAAAAUCUAUAUAAUAUGAGAGGAAAAGCUAUAUUAGUAGUAGUACAAAAUGCUUAAUUUUAUGGUCUUUGUCACUUGUAACAUUGUGGCCUUACUAUGACUGCACUAUAUCAUCCUAUUGGAUACUCCUUUGUGGAAUUGUUGUAAUAAAGCAUUGUGUUAUGGGUUUCCCCUUGUUUUACCCAUCUCCAGUACUUUGCAAUGCAUGUUUAUGUUAUGAGUGAAUGUUUUGUACUGCAAGGAUAUAGUCUUAACCUGACUUGUUCUUGCCUGACUUGUUAUGAGGCAAAUCAUAUUCAUGUUUCCUGUUGUCAAGCCACUUUACUGUUGUGAGAAAUUAAAGCAGUUUUCUUCCUCCUUUGACAACCUUUCUAUCAACCAACUAUACAGUUCUGAUAUAUUUGCUGAGAGUUAUCACUAGGCUAAAACAGUGAUGUCGUAAAUAGAGUAUGUGUAUGUACUAUUGUAUCCUCAUAGGUCUAUUGAACAUUUAUUUCCUAUUGUUAAUUUAAUAGUGAUCUCUGAGUUGUAAAGUAACAUGCAUGACCUAAUAAUGUUACCAAUAUUUUUCUGUACCCCUUCUAAUAAAUGCAAAGCCCUGUGCUUGGUAAAGAGAA